AGACGUUGGGCCUUGUUUUCGGGCCCUAUCUAAAGUAUUUAUUCUAUAACCUUUGGAGCAUAACCGAGCAUCUUCUCUCCCCUUUGCUUCCCUGACUUGCCCCUCUACGAUACUUAUCCGCCCCCCUCGUGUCUCUGUCUGCCCCGCCUCGUUCCAAGGGUUCAGAGUCAAGACUUGAUCUUCAACCCUUCACCGUCAAAACACGUCCCUCUUGGUCCACCGACACACCGACGCCAGACCUGCGCAUAUUCCGACUCGAAGUCGUCCUCUCUCUGCCGACCUGUACCUCGAAUAUCAACUUCUAAACAUCCAGAUGGCUCUCCCCAAGCGCAUUGUCAAAGAGACGGAACGGCUCAUGGCCGAGCCUGUUCCAGGAAUCAGCGCCGUUCCCCACGAGGAUAACCUGCGAUACUUUGACGUCGAGAUCCAUGGCCCUGCUCAGUCGCCAUACGAAGGCGGCGUCUUCAAGCUCGAGCUCUUCCUACCCGACGACUAUCCCAUGACUCCUCCCAAGAUUCGCUUCCUCACAAAGAUCUUUCACCCCAACGUUGACAAGCUCGGCCGCAUCUGCCUCGAUGUCUUGAAGAACAACUGGUCUCCCGCCCUCCAGAUCCGAACGAUCCUGCUCUCGAUCCAAGCCCUCCUGGGUGCCCCGAACCCCGACGACCCCCUCGCCGCCGACGUUGCCAAGAGCUGGAAGGAGGACGAGCAGGCGGCCAUCGCAACGGCCAAGGAGUGGACCGCAAAGUACGCGCAACCCUGAAGAUAAAGAAACCAAAGAAAUACAAUUGCAAAAGAACCAGACUCGAAGCCGCUGUACCUGUAUCAUUUGGGAAAGAGAGGUAUUUCGGAGCACAAGUGUUGGGAGUUUCGGGGGCCGGCUUGGUGUAUCUCGUUGUAGAGAGCAUUCUUGAUCUUGGAGCGAGGAACAAUGGGCACUUGCAGGUUUGCGCUUGGUGUUGUCUUAUAGACCCAAGAGACUUGACUUGUUUAAUCCGACACCAUUCU